CUGCUGCUUCCGGGAACAUGGCCGGCUAAACAAUGACAAAAGUCUCUUUCCUCAAAAUCAAGAAGAAACUUUUCGAAAUGCAAACUACUUGGCUUAACAAAAGUGUUUGGAUUCAGUGCGUGCAAUUAGGUCGUUUAUUUGGUUUACUUCUGCAUGCAUGUUGUUUAAGGUGAUGUUUGAGUCGGACUAACUUGGCUAUCUUGCCAGCGAAGGUAGCCAACUUUUCACAUUCAGCAGAAUUAGCCUAAAACGUUAGCUAGCAAAUGCGAAGUGGCUUACAUGUCAACAUAGCUAGGAACAUACGUAUUGCUAUUGGCUGUUACACUUGAAGCCCGCAACUGAUUUAUUAAGUUCCACGAUCGACACGUUGCAGUGCUGGCUUGUGUAACGUAGAUGCGUUUAAUUUUUAUCGGGGUGUCUCGCUGGUUGAUUGCUAUGUUUUCGCAGCUGCGUACAGCUGUCUAGCUAGCUUGAUUGACAUUAAUUUCAAUGGCUCACUGUAGUUCAGAUCCAAGUGGGAAGGUACCCCGUCCAGAUAGCUUAGUGUUGAUGGCAGGAUCUCCUGGAAGCGUUGAUCAGGCUAUGAAGCCGGUGUUGUUUGAAAUAUUUGGAGAGUUUUGGAACGUCCAGACCCGGCUAGGGCAAGGCGUCUCAGCCUCAGUAUACCGUGUGAGCUCGGGGAGGGCGAGUACGGCCGCGGUUAAGGAGUUCCAGGCUGACACUCAGAGUGGAGAUUACGGGUACCAAAAGGAGAGGUCCGUGCUGGAAGACAUACAAGGACACAAAAACAUCGUAACGCUGUACGGGGUGUUCACCAACCGCAGCCAGGUGGGUGUGGCCACGCACUGCCUGCUGCUUGAGCUGCUGGACGUCAGUGUGUCUGAGCUGCUUGUGAGGGCCAGUACACAAAGCCGAGCCUGCAGCCCCCAGUGUGGUGGUUCCCAGAAGCAGGGCCACUCAAUGUGGCUGGUGCAGCACUGUGCCAGGGAUGUCCUGGAGGCCCUUGCCUUCCUCCAUAGAGAGGGCUAUGUUCAUGCCGACCUCAAGCCCCGCAAUGUGCUCUGGAGCGCGGACGAUGAGUGCUUCAAACUCAUCGACUUUGGCCUCAGCUUCAAAGAGGGCAACCAGGAUGUGAAAUACAUCCAGACAGAUGGGUACCGUGCCCCGGAGGCUGAGCAUCAAUACUCCCUGGCCCAGGCGGGGAUGGAGAUGGAUGGUGACUCUGGCUGCUCGGCCGCUGUGGACCUCUGGAGCUUGGCAAUCGUCCUGUUGGAGAUGUACUCAGGCAUCAAACUCAAAGACACCGUCAGGACACCCGAGUGGAAGGACAACAGUGCAGCAAUAGUCGACCAGAUCUUUGCCAGUAACAGUGUGGUGGUUCCUGCCAUCCCUGUCUAUCACCUCCGAGACCUUAUCAAAAGUAUGCUUCACAACAACCCCAAGCACAGAGGCACAGCCGAGAAGGCCCUGCUUAGCCCCUUCUUCAGCAUUCCUUUUGCUCCUCACAUAGAAGACUUGGUUCUGCUUCCCUCUCCUGUUCUGCGCCUGCUCAACCUGAUUGAUGACGGCCACCUGCACAAUGAGGAGGAGUAUGAAGACAUCUUGGAGGACAUGACGGAAGAGUGUCAGAAGUAUGGCUCUGUGGUCUCUUUGCUCAUCCCCAAGGAGAACCCAGGCAAAGGACAGGUGUUUGUAGAAUACGCUAACGCAGGCGACUCCAAAGAGGCCCAGAGACUGCUGACGGGGCGGACCUUUGACGGGAAGUUUGUCGUUGCCACGUUCUACCCCCGGAGUGCUUACAAGAGAGGCUAUCUGUACCAGACCGUGCAGUGAACACACACACACACACACACACACACUGUCUGCUGAAGAGCACAGGCCUAGGCCUCAGUCAGUCACUGUCAUGAUGUGUAUAGUCAUAUCAGAUCACCACUCUGCUUUCUUCAGCCUCUAGAGCCAGAGUUAACCUAGUGUGUCCUGUAGCUUUACUGUAUGUAGCAACAGUCUGCGAAAGGAAAGAUUUGUAUAAUCCAAUCUUCCAUGUCCUGCUAUGGGGAUGUAUACUGCUGGAUGCUACGGUUGACAGAUUCAGAUGGGUCAUAUAUUUAUCAUAGCUGGCUUGACUUUUGAUAAAUGGAUCCUCACUGGCCAAAACUGCACACUGUCCCACUUUGCACACUGUGCUCAUGUCAAACCCUGAAAAAGAUAAUUACUUGAUGUCCACCGAUCUUGAAGAGCACAAGUACAGUACCAAGUACCCUAUGGGUUUCGUAAAUCCAGCAAGCAGUUUGGAUUGAAUAGGGCCCUAGUUUUGUCUGUUCGCAAUGGCUUGAAUAUCCUAUAUUUAUUAGUGUAAAUUAAACCGUUCCUGAUUGAUUGAUCUUGGGUCUCUUGUUAAAAGCUGAGCCACAAUUUCAUCUUGUCCAAAGUUACCUUCCCAUGACCUAUUUUUCUAUGAGAUGUUUGUUUUGAGACUUGAAUUCCAAAGGUACCACUCCAGAUCAUCAGUAGAAUCACGCUGAGUUCUAGAACGUUCUGAGCCUAAACUCCAACCACUCAACGUCAGCACUUUUCUGUGGUACAUGGAAAAAUAUAAAUUUCUUUGUUAUUUCUGACAUUUUUUAAAUCUGGUUUCUACCUUCUAUACUAUUAUUACAUUUUGUCCAAGUUGACCCAUAUACUACUUAUACUCCAGAAUGGCUGCGCUGAUGUGAGUGGAAGUUAACAGUUUUUUCCACGAUAUGUUAUGAAAGGAAUGGGUUAUUUCUUUAGCACUGUACGAUACAAAGCAACAAGCUUACUUUACGUUCAGAACCCAUGGAUAGGGUUUUCACAGUUGAAUAUUUCAGUUGAAGAGCAUUCGAGCUGACCGUUUCGUAAAACCGUAGCCGACCGUCAGUUCUACCUGACGUCUGUGAGUUAGUCUACAUGACAAACCAAUGUGUGAGAGCUGUGCUAGUGUAGGUAUUUGUUGAUUAUGGUGAGAUUAUAGAUUAAUCCAAUACUGCAGAGUUUUGUAUCCUAUGUUGUGUGUGGGAGAUGUUGAAAUUAACUUAUCAGUUCAUUGCAUGCAACAUUGUUAUGUUAGGGGCAGUAUUUAUUCAGACAGUCUUCCCCUUGUCUGUCUGCUGCUCAUAUUCAGUCCAAUAACAUUGUGAAUCUUAAGCGUAAAUCAUAGUCCACAAACGCUGAGACUCGAUAGUCCGGCGUCCCAUUGUGGCAUAGCGAUGCAGCUCUGAAACACCGUCUGUGGGGACACACAGCCCGAGCGCUCACCACCCCACAAUUCCCAGCCAACACGGCUAUUCAUUUGAAUGUGUUGACAGCUGGCGAAAAUGCUUAUGCUGCCCUGAGAAUUCUAAAAGUAUGAAAGCCAAGGGUCCAAUAUUCUAGAACACUGCUGUGCAUACACGUACACAUUUUGGACUAUGAUGGACGCUUCUGGUUGGGCACAGAUGCUUCUGAAUGAGUUGGCUGUCAUUGAACAGGCUAAAGCUCCGUCCUGCCUGCCCAGCCUCUCCAGAUGUUUGAGAAAGAGACCAUAUAUUAACAUGAGCAGAAACAACAUUCUGGAUAUUCUGCAAUUUACUCCAUUUGUAACUAACACUUCCAGUCAACAGCCGCCAUGUGACAACUGUCGAGGCUGAUUGAUACUGUUGACAACAUCCUGCCUAAAUGUGAAAGCACUGACUAGGACUUAUGGGUGACCGGUCAUAACAUUGAUAUGUGAGGUUAUCCCAUACCAAAUGUAGUCCACUGCCUUAGCUGCCUUCUCUGUGUUAUCUAGUCUAACACUGUAAUGUUGCCAUUUAGUUUCAGCACACUGUCCCUUCAGUGUGUUAUUCAAAGUAGAUCCCAAUGAAAGCCUUCAUAGUUUCCUUCCUGAUCUCCACAACCAUGGCGCAUGAUGAUGACAUUUCUUUAUGCAAACAUUUUCAGGGAGCUUCUUUGUUUUUCGUUUACACUAUGGGUCAGUUAUCCUAAUACAGUGUCUGUUUCUUUACUUCUAUGUCUUCUGAUAUACUAAUAUGAAAACAUUCUAUGUAUCUGAUAAAGCUUUUAGAUUUGUGGGCGAGGCGGUAUCUGGUGUUAGCCCAUAGCUAGCAAGAUUGACAAACUUCUAUAUGAUAUUUGUUAUAAUAGCAGCGAGUGUAAUAAGAGUUUUAGCAUGCAGGUGGCAGGGCAGGAUUCCCCUGGACAGUGACUAUGCCGUCAAUACUGAUCAGGGAAAACCAGUACAACUACAUAGGUACAGACACUACAUGAGAAGGAGAGCGACAGUAACAGAGAGAGAGAGGGACCUGUGCUGUAAGUCCGAGUACAUACAGUUGAAGUCGGAAGUUUACAUACACCUUAGCCAAAUACAUUUAAACUCUGUUUUUCAACAUUUCUGACAUUUAAUUCUAGUAAAAAAUGUCCUGUCUUAGGUCAGUUAGGAUCACCACUUGAUUUUAAGAAUGUGAAAUGUCAGAAUAAUAGUUGAGAAUUACUUAUUUCAGUUUUUAUUUCUUUCAUCACAUUCCAAGUGGGUCAGAAGUUUACAUACACAAUUAGUAUUUGGUGGCACUGCCUUUACAUUGUUUAACUAGGGUCAAAAGUUUCAGGUAGCCUUUCACAACCUUCCUACUAUAAGAUGGGUGCAUUUUGUCCCAUUCCUCCUGACAGAGCUGGUGUAACGGAGUCCGGUUUGUAGGGCUCCUUGCUCGCACAUGCUUUUUCAGUUCUUCCCACAAAGUUUCUAUAGGAUUGAGGUCAGGGCUUUGUGAUGGCCACUCCAAUACCUUGACUUUGUUGUCCUUAAGCCAUUUUUCCACAACUUUGGAAGUAUGCUUGGGGUCAUGUCCAUUUAGAAGACCCAUUUGCAACCAAGCUUUAACUUCCUGACUGAUAUCUUGAGAUGUUGCUUCAAUAUAUCAACAUAAUUUUCCUCCCUCAUGAUGCCAUCUAUUUUGUGACAUGCACCAUUCCCUCUUGCAGCAAAGCAUCCCUACAACAUGAUGCUGCCACCCCAGUGAUUCACGGUUGGGAUGGUGUUCUUUGGCUUGCAAGCCUCCCCCUUUUUCCUUCAAACAUAACGAUGGUCAUCAUGGCCAAACAGUUGUAUUUUUUUUCUUCAGACCAGAGGACAUUUCUCCAAAAAGUACGAUCUUUGUCCCCAUGUGCAGUUGCAAACCGUAGUCUGGCUUUUUUAUGGUGGUUUUGGAGCAGUGGCUUCUUCCUUGUUGAGCGGCCUUUCAGGUUAUGUCGAUAUAGGACUCGUUUUACUAUGGGUAUAGAUACUUUGUACCUGUUUCCUCCAGCAUCUUCACAGGGUCCUUUGCUGUUAUUCUGGGAUUGAUUUGCACUUUUCACACAAAAGUACGUUCAUCUCUAGGAGACAGAACGUGUCUCCUUCCUGAGCAGUAUGACUGCUGCGUGGUCCCAUGGUGUUUAUACUUGUGUACUAUUGUUUUGUACAGAUGAAUGUGGUACCUUCAAGCGUUUGGAAAUUUCUCCCAAAGAGGAUCCAGAUUUGUGGAGGUCUACAACUCUUUUUCUGAGGUCUUGGCUGAUUUUUUUUCUUUUGAUUUUCCCAUGAUGUCAAGCAAAGAGGCACAGAGUUUGAGGGUAGGCCUUGAAAUAUAUCCACAGGUACACCUCCAAUUGACUCGAAUUAUGUCAAUUAGGUUAUCAGAAGCUUCUAAAGCCAUGACAUAAUUUUCUGGAAUUUUCCAAGCUGUUUAAAGGCACAGUCAACUUAGUAUAUGUAAACUUCUAAUCUACUGGACUUGUGAUGCAGUGAAUUAUAAAUGAAAUAAUCGGUCUGUUAACAAUUGUUGGAAAAAUUACUUGCGUCAUGUACAAAGUAGAUGUCCUAACAGUCUUGCCAAAAAUAUAGUUUGUUAACAAGAAAUUUGGUUGAAAAAUUAGUUUUUUUUAAUCAAUUGUUUUAAGCACAAUUUUGAAAACAGGGCCCGGUUUGUCAAAACACUACACACAAUUAGCACAACCCUACCCCAAAGUAACACUUCAGAUCAUUUGCAAAAUUAUACACAACUUCAUAAAAAUAAUAUUUUGUUACCAUAUGAAACACACAUUUCAUAAAACACUUUUAGCAAGUCUAAUUGUCAGUGAUUAGAGUACUGUAAAUGAAGUACACCCGAGAAAGUGCAACUAUACAAACACUACAGACUGAGGAAAAUAUCAUGUAUUUCUCUCCAUAUACCCAAAUCAGUCAACAUGGAGAAUCACAACAAAACAUGUCCCAGUUUUCAUGCUACUACAGUAGUGUGCAUAACACUGUUAGCUCGGCAAACAGCAGACAAAUGUAAAAUACUGUAUCCAGUACAGGUUACAAUUACAGUAAAUAACAACCAACAUAAAAAAAAAUCUAAACUGACAAUAUUGUACAGAAAAUAUUGGAUCUGGCCAGAGAAUUAUCAACAUCACAAGCAAUAUCGUUGUUAGCAAGACAACGUGGGAAGAACCGUCUUGAAUGUCGAAUCCAUCCUUGCACAGCUGCGGCGUCGACUUGGUCACAGGCGUCCUCCAUGGCCUGAAUGAGGGCUACCUGAGCCUGGGAUCGUAAACCUUCCACCGCCAUGCAGAGAAACUAUUCGAUAGGGUUUAGAAACGGAGAGUAUGGUAGAAGGUAUAGUACUGUCAACUGGAUGGUGUUGAAACCAGUUCUGGACCAAAGCAGAGCGGUGGAAUGACACAUUGUCCCAGAUGACCGUGUAUUGCAUCUGGUGCAUUUCAUUACCUGCUGUGCCGAUGUGGUGCAAUCGGUCCAAAAAUGCGAGAAUGUGAGGUGUGUUGUAAGGGACCGUUUUGGCAUAACGGUGGACAACCCCGUGCUGUGAAAUGGCAGCUCAAAGGGUGAUGUUACCCCCACGUUGCCCUGGGACAUUGAUUAUAGCCCUGUGGCCAAUGAUAUUUCUGCCUCUCCUUGCUUUUGUGAGAUUGAACCCUGCCUCAUCAAUAUAUAUGAAUUCAUGCAGGAUUUCCUCUGCGUCCAUCUGCAAAACUCCCUGAAAUACAGUGAAAGACAAGUGUGUAGUUCAGGAUAGGUCUAGUUUUCAGUCAAUGUAAAAAAAAGUCAUGUGUGCAGUAUGCAACAUCACAGUGCUAAAGUGAACAAUACAAACCUCCACAUACUCAUGCCGCAGCCAUUUGACCCUCUCUGAAUUCCGCUCAAAAGGCACUCGAUAAAGUUGUUUCAUUUGAACCUGAUGUCUUUUCAGGAUGUGUGCCAGUGUUGACUGAGAGACCUGAUGGACAUUAUUGAAAAUGGCAUGGUCACCGAUAAUGUUUGCUUGUAAUUCUCUGAGCCAGAUGGCAUUAUUGGCCAAAACCAUGUUUAUUAUCUCUUGUUCUUGCGUGAAUAUGGGCCCCCUUCCUCUUUGUUGUUCCCGACCCUCAAUCCUAUGUAGAGAAUAAUACAUGUAACUUACUGUACAAUGUCACAGGACGGGGAAUCACAAGUGCUGACAAUAAGCAGCUGAUUACUGUAACUGUAGACAGAUCUUUUACCUGUUUUCCUGUCAAAGUCCUUAUGACAGAUGCCACUGUAUAUCUGCUAAGAUUUGUCUGAACUCUCAGUCCAGCCUCCCUCAGCGUCAAUCCAUGGUUCACAACAUGGUCCACUAGUGUUGCACGAAUGUCAUUUGAUAAGUUUCGUCCUCUUCUUCUUUGUGCACGUUCUCCUCCUGCUUCAGGUCUUCCUCGAUCUCUGGCUCGGCCUCUGCCUCUUCCUCUACUUCCUUCUCCUCUCACCCUCACUCUUCUUCUGACUCCCAUUUUGGUUGAAGACAGGUGAACCUACCUGCUGCAUUUUUAUAGUGCUUAAACCUGAUUGGUGCGUCUACAAUUCAGCAAUCAUGUGUUUGCACCUGAUGGCUGUGUUUAACAGAUUGGCUCAUAGGUGUGGUACUUUGACAGUCAGUGCUUUGGAAUUGCAAGGGAGUGACAUCAUGAUAUACUUCUGUGUCUGAUGUAUACAAGGGUGUUUAGUGUUUUGCAAAUAGUGUGAAGCUGACAAUGUGCUUACAGUUGUGCAAAUCUAACCUUGUGUUUUGCUCCUUGAGUGUAAGGUUUUGCUAAUUGUGGGAAAAGAUCAAUUUAGUGUGUAAUCAAUCGUAAAAAACAAAUGACUCCAACCUAAGUGUAUGUAAACUUCCGACUUCAACUGUACCAUGCUGCUUUGAGCUCGAGACUUUCUUUAGGCCACAGACUAUUCUCAUCUCUAGUUAGAUGUUUCAUAUCCCGGGGCUGUGUCGGUAAGACUAAAAAGCUUCCUAGCUAAGUAGUACUGUACGCUCUUGAAUAAAAUAUCCCAGUUUAUGGCCUAACUCCAUAUUGAGAGAUGGCAGAAUUAUUGUGUAACUUUCUUUUGGAAAGUUUUAGAAUUGUUACUGAGCAUCCACCCAACCCAAAUCUAUUCAGUAAUGGAUGGAAGAAGUGACUGUUUGCAGACACCCGGGGCAAUCCGUGCUUGUCUGUCAGCCCUAUCUAUCACUGUUCUAUUCUGCUCCAGUUCUGACCUCUAACCCCCUGACCUGAUAGUCCAGCAGAGGACCAGAGACUUGUUAAUAUGCAUAAAGCCCCUCUCCUUGGGAUUCUCAGAUUCUGCCUAAUGGAUAGAAUGGCCUGGUCCUCAUCCAUAUACACACAGGCAGCCUUAUAAAUACACUUGGCUUUGAUGAUGAGGGGUCAAGGGGAGGCCGGGAGUGGGCUAGGGGGUAUUAGGCAAAUGAGGGGGGAGGGAGGUCACUGGGUUACUCUGUAUCAGUGGGGGGAGGCGAUAGCGUCCAAGCUGACACAACACUCCAUCUCUCUUGUUCUCACUCAUUAGAAGUUAUUGUUGACCCAAGUUACUGCAGUAACACACAGGUAGGUAUAAAGGUUAGAGAGUAGAGUGUACUUUAUUUUCAUUUCAUUCAUUUCUAGUGGUUUGAAUGAGGGGAGGCUUCCUGCAUCCUCCCAGCUGGUUGUUGAUUAGCAUUAUGUUUCAUUCAGGUUUAUUAGCGAGAAGUGCACUUAAGCUUAUACAGGAACUCUGAACUCCACUGAAUUGAGCCAAACCAUGAUUUACAGCACUGAUUAAAUGAAAGCGGAAUCUCAGUUCGAGCAAUAUAAUUUAGGACGUAGUCUCCAAAGACCACAGCACUGAUACCAAUGUGUUAUCAAUCAUGUCCCUUCCCCACUGAAAGACAAUCAUGAUGAUUAUCACUGUUGCCUUUUAUUUUUAUUUUUAGCAUCCUUUUGUCUCCUUUGGGUUUUGUGAAAGCCUACUCCAUUGAGCGGCUGGCAGCCCCCCUGUUACAAAGAACAACCGCGUCUCCAACACAACUUGAUCUGACUUAAAUGUAAUGUGAAUAUUUCGCUCUGAGAAUCCCUCCACUCACACUAACUGAUCUGUCAAAUCUGCAUUAUUAAAGGCACAUAUUAUGAGUAUGAAACGUGUGUGUGUGAGACCAUGUAUUGCCUCACAGAACUCUGUUCUGAGAUUGAUUAUACAUGUUCUUAUUGUCGUUUGCAUUAUCUCACAAUAAAGAACGCUUGACUUGA